AAUCCUAUUUUUUAUGAAAAUUAUGGUUCCCUUGCAGAUAUUCUGCCCUCAACGCUGCUUCCUUGACUGUGUUAGCCAUCGCAGUGAAGUUGUCAAUGGAUCUAACUACCCCGAUGGAAGGUAGGUAUGAUCAAGCCACUAAAGGUAGUAGCUCUGCUUUCCUGUUUGUUUCAACCACUCAUUUCAUGCCUUCUCUGGGAUCCAUGAGUGAUAGAGAUAUAAUAGUGAACUUGACAGCAUUGGAUAUCCUUAUAGUGACGCUUACCGUAAAUGUUAUCAUCCAAAUAUCCACAGGCGUAAUUGAAGAUAAUUUCCAAGUGGUGGUUGUCUUUUUGAACGUUUAUGCGUUCAUUGUAUUGAGUUCUGCUGCUUUAACGAUAUUUACAAGUAAAAGGUAUUUGGAACGCAAGUACAAAGAAUUGCAAACAAGAAUUUUGGCAGCGGAACUACAAGGAGACCAAAUAAUGGACUUUGACAAGUUAAAGUUGUGCGUGAAGAAGUAUUGGGUGAUGACAGAAACAGGUAACCCUCAGUUUGUGAUGGCAAGAUCUGAGGCCAGCGUUGUUUUAUUCAUGAUCUGCAUCUUCAGUUAUAUCGUUAACGGAAUAACGUUUAACGAACCAUAUGAGACAAAUACUCCUCCUGAUUAUAAAUGGCAAUGCAGAGUCUCAUAUGGCCUUGGAAGCGGAAGAGUUAGGAGACGAAAAAAAGAACCACCAAGCAUAAGACCCUAACAUCUCCACUUUUUGGAAGUCAUUGUUUAUUAACAUCCUUUUUUUUUUUAUCUUUUUUUUUCUUUGGCCAUACAAAUGUUGUGAAUUGCCAGUCAUUCGGUAACAUUUGUGUUAGCAUGAAAACCUAGUGGCAUAUUAUUAGACAUUAUUAUGCAUAUUGUGAAGAUUAAAAGUGUCGUUAUGUUGUUAUAA